AUGAUACCACAAGAUGAGAGACAAGUAAAGACGAAGAGCUCGGCUUUGAAUGUUCACGAGCUGGAAAAUGGUAAUAAUCGCCGACUUGAUCGUCACCGUCGUGAUUACUGUAGUAUGUCGAUGAGAGAUUGGUUUCAAGUAUUGGGUUCCUUUCUCCUUCCACUUCUGCUGGCGAUAUUCACAGUGGUGAUCACAUUCGAACAACGAAAAGAUUCGAAUAUUCAGCGUUUGGAAGAUCGUGCUCUGGCUCGGGAACAACGUGAGCAAGAUUUGAAUAUGUCUUCACUACAGCGUGAGUCGGACAAAGUCAUUGCCGAAGAACGACGCGUCACAGACAAUCUUAAUGCAGAACGACAACGAAAUAUGUCCAUUGAACAGCGACAACAUGAGUUAAUCAUUGAGCAGCAGCGGUACGAGAAGCAGCAGGAACAGCGCUCGGAAGAUGCCAAACUUGCAGCUGAGCAACGUGCGCAAGAUCUGGACAUUGCCGAACAAAAGCGCAUCGCAGACAACCUGAAUGCAAAAGAGCAACGUGACAGCGAUCGCUCGAUUGCCCAGCGUAAGCAAUUGGCCGACGAUCUUAAUGCAGAGAAAGAACGAAAUGUCUCGCGCGAGAUUGAAGAGUAUCGUUUUGAACAAGCUAAAAGCAGAGACCUCGACGCAUUACUUCUCUCGCAUAUCAACGACAUGGGCACCUUACUGGAGAACCACAAUGGAUCACUCACUGCGAAUCCGAUCAUCAACGCUCUUGCUCGAGCCAAAACACUUCAUGUCAUCCGCUCUGUCGGCGUUGAGCGCUCCACAAGGCUAAUUCAGUUCUUAUUCGAUGCUGGUCAACUGACUAGAGGACAUCACCAGCAGCCAUUGAAUCUUUCAGGUGCCAUACUUCAUCGGAUUAAUAUGAGCGCAGCUAAUGAUCUAAUCUCGAUGAGUAAUCUGUCGUUGGCUGGCAUCCAUAUGAAUGAAGCAACAUUUGUUGGGCAAGAUCUAUCCUUUUGGAAUUUCACUGGUGCUUUGCUCAAUUAUGCUAAUUUCAGCAGGUCUAAUUGCAAGCAAACAAUAUUCGAUAGAUCGUCAAUGGUGGGAGCUGACUUCUCACACGCAACGCUAGAUAAGGCCUCGUUUCGACGUGCUGACCUCACCAGCGCAUCUUUUGCUCACUCAAGCGGAGAACGAUGCAUUUUUUAUUCCGCUUCGUUGUCCAACUCCACAUUCUGUGAAGCCAGGAUGGGAUUUGGUAAUUUUCAUCAAUCAAAUUUCAAUCAAGCUAAUCUCGAAAAAGCCUAUAUGUCUGGUAGCAGCUUCGCAUUCGCUUCUCUUCUAUAUGCUCGAAUGAACGGUAUUUAUCUUCUCUUCGCCAACUUGUCGUACUCCAACAUGUUCGGUGCCGAGUGCAUGGAGAGUCAAUGUCGCUUGCAAGACGCUCUUUCACUCCUGCAUGCUGUUCUUCCAAACGGGACGAAUAGCACCGUCAGCUAUCAACCUACACCACUUCUUCGAAAUGGUUAUGCCAACUGCACUGGAGGAUCGAAAAAUGAGCAUCUCGCAGGGUGGAAAGUGCUUGCUGAUCCCGUGCAUACUACGCGCAACUAUCACAAGGAGAAAAUCUGUGUAUUCACCCCCGAAAAGGGUAGCCUUUCUCAGCCUACAAGCAUGCUUCAGCGUACGAAUAUUUCUUUGUUCGACCGACUGAUAGUAAAUGGACAUGCAAUAAUCUCGGUCAAUACUCGCCUCGGUGAAUUUGCUAAACUGAAGAUCAGUGAAAUCGAUAGAAUCGGCUCGAUGUCGUCUGUCAUUCUUAAAAAACCUAUAUCAGAUGCAUCAGAUAUAACUGUAUGGCAAAAAAGUUUACAUCGAACGACCGUCGAAAUAGAGAUUGAAGCAAUGUUUCAGAUCUCUCGCGUCUCGCCAAUGGCAUGGGUCGAGUAUAUUGAUUUAACCAUACUGCUCUGGCUACCAUAA